AUGACUGCUACACCAUUAACCGUUGAAAUGCAAAAUAUAAAUCUUGAAACAGAAACUGUCCCAGUACCAGAACCUCACACCCCAAAACGAGGGGAGAAAAAUGAAACAACAAUUCCUUGGUACAAGGGUUACAAUUUUCGGUUACCAAAGAUUAUUAUUGUUGACGAUCAAAAACUACACAAAGGGGUAAGAAAAGUAGUAGUGAAAAAAAAUCCCCGGUUUGUGAUGCUUCUCAUCUCCAUUGUGGCUCUAUUUUUUUCUGCCUUGGCUUUGUACUGGUCUCUCACUCUAUACUACGACUGCGGCUCUGACUAUAGGGUAUUGAUAUCAUUAAUCCUGGCAAGCUUUACACUAGCUCUCCGUAUUCUAGACGUCGUCUUUUGGUAUCUAAGUCUAAAACAGACCUUAUACAUCUUUGAUCAUCUUAAAGUCACUACCAUUGUUUUGAGUAUAUGUUCUUCUACUUCUUUGUUGCUUUCUGGAUUCAAUAACAUAUAUAUGAAGCUGUUAAACAAACUUGGCUAUGAUAAAAGAAAAUAA